GUAUUGACUGUUGACGCUGUACCUGCAUGUUCCAGUAAUAAACCAGUCAUUGGUCCGAACGGUUGUUUUACUAAAUACCUCACUGGCGACGACGCGAGAGUACCCACGCAAUAAAAACAAAUAUGGCGCACUCUUAUCUCGGUUCUUUGCAUAAUUUCGAUUACAAAUCCGGAGAGUGGUCUAUUUUUAAGGGCAAAUUAACUCAAUUUUUUAAAGUAAACGCUAAUAGUAUUACAGCUGAUAACAAAUGUGCAGUGUUAAUAACGCAUCUUUCGGACGAUUCGUAUCGCUUGGCACGUAAUCUCGUGUACCCUCGUGAUUUAGAAGCGCAUACGUAUGACGAACUUAUUGCUGUUUUGGAUAAACAUUUUAAAAUUAAAAAGUGUUCGUUUGCUAAUAAGGCGAAGUUCUACAGUGCGACGAAAAAUCCAGACGAGUCUUUAGGAGAUUGGGCGGCGCGGCUACGCGGGUUGGCAAGUCAUUGCGACCUGGGCAACGCCCUGGAGACGGUGCUGACGGACCGUUUCGUACUCGGUUUGGGUUCCGGCCCCGAGCGCGACAAGCUGUUUGAGCAAGACGCGGCGACCCUUACGUUCGCCAAGGCGUUGGAGGUCGCAGAGCAAGCGGCUAGUGCUAGGCAAGCCCAGGCGAUGGUAGGCGAGACUGGCAGUAUCGGUAACGUGCCGAUAAAGGAGGAGCCGGUUUUCCGUGCGGCAUACGCGGCGAGCCCUGGGCGCGGCGGCGCCCGUGGCCGUGCCAGCCGCGGUGGCGGAACUGGCGCCGGUCGUGCUACGGACAUCGCAUCGGGUUCCAAAUGGCAUGAACGUGAUGUAGUAAAUAGAUGUAAUAUUUGCGGGAUGAAGAACCACAGUGCGGAAACGUGUCGUUAUAAAGGUUAUAAGUGCGGCAAGUGUGGUGUUAAGGGACACCUAAAGAAAGUAUGCAAACUAAAAUUUCACAAUAUCCAAGCACAGGAAGGAGAAACGGAAACUUCUUGCGAGGACUGUGAGGAGUGUGCGCUAUACAAUUUAAGGUAUGAACAUUACGAUCCGAUUAUUUUAACUGUAUUAAUCAACGGCGACAAAUUUUACAUGGAAUUAGACUCGGGUUCUGGAAUAAGUGUGAUUUCCGAUAAAUGUUAUAAAGAAUAUUUUUCUCAUAUUCAGUUACACGACUGCAACAUUAAAUUGUGUGUUUAUAACGGGCAUAAAAUGACGCCAAUGGGUGUAUUGUUAGUAAAUGCUGAGUAUAAUUCAAUUAAAGACGUUCUUAAGAUAUAUGUGAUACCUAAAGGAGGCCCACCCUUAAUUGGCCGUGAUUUUAUGGCUAAAUUCGGCAUCAAAUUUACUACUGAGGAAUAUUAUAAUAAUAAUAGUAUAGCCAUUGACCAUUACGCCGGGGAGGUCCGGCAAUUAUUACAUUCUUAUGCCGAUUUGUUCAGCGAGGGUUUGGGGAAAUUUAAUAAAUUUAAAAUUUCACUUCGCCUUAAGGAAAAUGUUGUACCAGGUUUUUUUAAGCCCCGGCCAGUCCCCUUUGCCCUUAAGCACAAAGUUGAUGAGGAACUCGAACGUCUUGUUGGUUUAGGUAUACUGGUACCAGUUAACUUUUCGAAGUACGCGACUCCAAUUGUUCCGGUUUUGAAGGAGAACGGGAAAAUUAAAAUUGCAGGCGAUUAUUCGGUAACACUAAACAAAGACUUGAUUAUAGACAAAUAUCCUAUGCCGCGCAUAGAAGAAGUAUUUGCGAAGUUGGGGGGCGGCGAACGUUUUACAAAGCUGGAUUUGAGCAAUGCGUAUAACCAAUUCGUAUUGGGUGACGAGUCUCGGGAGCUCACUACCAUCAGCACCACGCGGGGGUUGUUUCAAUAUACCAGGCUCGUAUAUGGUCUGGCCAAUGCGCCGGCUAUAUUUCAGAGAACAAUGGAAACCCUGCUGGUAGGAAUAGACGGAGUGAGCAUCUGGCUGGAUGACGUGUGUAUCACGGGCCCGGAUAAGGCGACUCAUUUGGAAAGGUUGCGUGAAGUAUUAUUUCGAAUUAAGGACGCCGGUUUAAAAUUACAAAAGGAUAAGUGCGAGUUCUUUAAAUCGAGCGUCACAUAUUUAGGUUACGUUAUUGAUAAAAACGGUCUUCGAACGUGCCCGAGGAAGAUUGAGGCAAUAGUUAAUGCCCCUCGUCCAAAUAAUGUUUUAGAUGUAAAGCGGUUUUUAGGGUUUAUUAAUUAUUAUCGUAAGUUUAUACCGCGUGCCUCAAGCGUACUUAAUCCCUUGCACGAAUUACUUAAGGUCGAUGCUGUAUGGAGAUGGGGCCCCGAGCAGGAGAAGGCAUUUACCGCGAUUAAGCGGGAGAUGGCUUCGGGGCGAGUCCUAACUCAUUUUGACCCAGAAGCGCGACUGGUUUUGAGUGUUGACGCUGGACCCGCCGGCCUGGGUGCCGUGAUAUCGCUUGGGCCGGAAGGUCACGAGCGACCCCUGGCUUUCGCCUCCCGGGCACUUACACCCAGCGAAAAAAAAUUACAGCCAGGUCCACAAAGAAGCCGCAGCCAUCGUGUACGGAGUGAAACAUUUUCACCAGUACCUUUACGGGCGAAGUGA